AGUGCACCUCCGAGCAGUAGAUGUUGCGAAAGUCCGGGUAGAGGCCGGAGAAGAAGGCGGUGCCAGGACGUCCUGCGGAAGGGCCAGGGGCGGGGCUCGUGUCGUUGCCGGGCCAGCCAAUCACGCCUGGUUUUAUCAGCGGCCCCGCCCUUUUACCGCACAUUUCCCCUCCCCUAGUUCAUUUCGCACGACGCAGCGGUUGGGAACACAGACAUUUUCGGAGCUGGAGCCGCCACUGCCGCCGCCAUUUUGUGUCUGUGGAGAAAGAAGCUUCUGUGGCGGCUGGAAGUGGACGGAGAUCACCCGCGAGACGGCGGCGUUUUAUACCCGAGGUUCCCCCUGUGUCGUCCCCCAUCCCCCCUCCGCGGUCAGCAUGUGGUGAAGCCGGAGCCGCGAGAGAGCCGGGGAGAGGAAGAGGAGUCGGAAGGGAGGCGGGGUAUCCAGAGCGGCUUCAGCUUCAGCUGCGGCGGACCUCGGAGGGGGGCCGCGGCGCAAUGUCAGAGCAGACGCCGGCCGAGGCCGGUGCUGCGGGGGCCCGGGAGGACGCCUGUCGGGAUUAUCAGUCAUCGCUCGAAGACCUGACCUUCAAUAGCAAGCCGCACAUCAAUAUGCUGACCAUUCUAGCCGAGGAGAACCUGCCCUUCGCCAAGGAGAUCGUCUCUCUCAUCGAGGCCCAAACCGCCAAGGCUCCUUCCUCAGAGAAGCUUCCUGUUAUGUACCUUAUGGAUUCUAUUGUGAAAAACGUUGGAAGAGAGUAUCUCACUGCCUUUACUAAAAAUCUAGUUGCAACAUUUAUUUGUGUGUUUGAAAAGGUGGAUGAAAAUACUAGGAAAAGUUUAUUUAAGUUACGUUCCACAUGGGAUGAAAUAUUCCCUUUGAAGAAACUUUAUGCCCUGGAUGUCAGAGUCAAUUCAUUAGAUCCUGCUUGGCCUAUUAAACCUCUGCCCCCCAAUGUGAAUACGUCUAGCAUCCAUGUGAAUCCUAAAUUUUUAAAUAAAUCGCCCGAGGAGCCUUCAACACCUGGUACAGUGGUCAGUUCCCCUAGCAUCUCCACUCCUCCAAUUGUUCCUGAUAUACAAAAGAAUCUUACACAAGAACAACUAAUAAGGCAACAGUUACUGGCAAAGCAAAAACAGUUGUUAGAACUUCAGCAGAAAAAGCUGGAGCUUGAGCUAGAGCAAGCUAAGGCACAACUGGCAGUUUCUCUUAGUGUUCAGCAGGAAACAUCCAAUUUAGGUCCUGGAUCUGCACCAUCCAAAUUACAUGUUUCACAGAUUCCCCCUAUGGCAGUUAAAGCUCCUCAUCAGGUUCCUGUGCAAUCUGAGAAAAGCCGUCCAGGACCAUCCUUACAAAUUCAGGAUUUGAAAGGAACUAACCGGGAUCCUCGUCUGAACAGGAUAAGCCAACAUUCUCAUGGAAAAGAUCAAAGUCACAGGAAAGAAUUUCUAAUGAACACAUUAAACCAGUCUGAUACUAAGACAAGUAAAACUAUACCCUCUGAAAAACUAAAUUCAUCUAAGCAAGAAAAAAGUAAAUCAGGUGAAAAAAUAACCAAGAAAGAACUUGACCAAUCAGAUUCAAAAUCGAAAUCGAAAUCGAAAUCACCAUCACCUUUGAAAAACAAAUUAUCUCACACAAAAGACUUGAAAAAUCAAGAAUCGGAAAGUAUGAGGUUGUCUGAUAUGAACAAGAGAGAUCCAAGAUUAAAAAAACAUCUUCAGGAUAAGACCGAUGGCAAAGAUGAUGAUGUGAAAGAGAAGAGAAAAACUGCAGAAAAAAAGGAUAAAGAUGAGCACAUGAAGUCAUCCGAACACAGACUGGCUGGAAGUAGAAAUAAAAUCAUAAAUGGCAUUGUACAAAAGCAGGAUACAAUAACAGAAGAGUCAGAAAAACAGGGGACAAAACCAGGGAGAUCGAGUGCUAGAAAGCGAUCAAGAUCUCGAUCACCCAAGUCUAGGUCACCAAUUAUACAUUCCCCAAAGAGAAGAGAUAGGCGGUCACCCAAACGAAGGCAAAGAAGUAUGUCUCCAACAUCGACACCUAAAGCUGGAAAGAUUCGCCAAUCUGGAGCUAAGCAGUCACAUAUGGAAGAGUUUACACCACCUUCUAGGGAAGACAGAAAUGCUAAGAGAAGUACUAAACAGGAUAUUCGGGAUCCAAGGCGAAUGAAAAAGACUGAAGAGGAGCGACCACAAGAAACUACAAAUCAGCAUUCUACAAAGUCAGGCACGGAACCAAAGGAGAAUGUAGAAAACUGGCAAAGUUCCAAGUCUGCCAAAAGAUGGAAAUCUGGUUGGGAAGAAAAUAAAAGCUUACAACAGGUUGAUGAACAUAGUAAACCUCCUCAUCUGAGGCAUAGGGAGAGCUGGUCAAGCACUAAAGGAAUUUUAUCACCUCGAGCCCCAAAGCAGCAACAGCAUCGAUUAAGUGUAGAUGCCAAUCUUCAGAUUCCUAAAGAGUUAACUCUUGCAAGCAAAAGAGAAUUACUUCAAAAGACGAGUGAACGUUUAGCAUCUGGUGAAAUUACACAGGAUGACUUCCUUGUUGUUGUGCAUCAAAUUCGACAGCUAUUUCAGUAUCAAGAAGGUAAACAUAGAUGCAAUGUACGGGAUAGUCCUACAGAAGAAAAUAAAGGUGGAUUAAAAAAGAAACCUCUCUUAUCUGAUGCUGAAUUAACCUACUAUGAACAUAAAGCAAAACUGAAAAGGACACAGGUUCAGCAUUCAUUUCCAAGACUUGAUCUCUUAGAUCCUGAUAUUUUUGACUACCCUUUGACUGAUGCCUUGUUGUCUGGAAUAGAAUGUGAGCCAUCCAAAAGUAAACAUGCAAGUAGGAAUAGUGGAGCACAGUUUGACAGAAAAGAACAAUUUAGUGAAAGAGCAAGACGUCUUUCUCCUAUAUCUGGGAGUCGUACUUAUGCUGAGAAUCUUUCACCCCAUGAGGGCCGGAGAAGACAUGACGAGCAAGUCUCUGCUAAAGGUGUGCGAGAAGAGCAGAGAUCUCCAUUCAAUGAUCGUUUUCCACUUAAGCGACCUCGAUACGAAGAUUCAGAUAAACCAUUUGUAGAUAGCCCAGCAUCAAGAUUCGCCGGCCUGGAUACAAAUCAGCGACUUACAGCUUUAGCUGAAGACAGACCGUUAUUUGAUGGACCUAGUAGGCCAUCAGUAGCAAGAGAUGGCCCAACGAAGAUGAUUUUUGAAGGACCCAAUAAAUUAAGCCCUCGAAUUGAUGGACCUCCCACACCAGCUUCCCUUCGGUUUGAUGGGUCACCAGGACAAAUGGGGGGAGGAGGCCCUUUGAGAUUUGAGGGGCCACAAGGUCAGCUAGGAGGUGGGUGUCCUUUGAGAUUUGAAGGUCCUCCAGGACCAGUGGGGACACCUCUGCGGUUUGAGGGCCCAAUUGGUCAAGCAGGAGGAGGUGGUUUUCGGUUUGAAGGUUCCCCUGGUCUGAGGUUUGAGGGAUCUCCAGGUGGUUUGCGAUUUGAGGGACCAGGAGGCCAGCCUGUGGGUGGUCUGAGGUUUGAGGGACAUCGUGGUCAACCUGUGGGUGGUCUAAGGUUUGAAGGACCUCAUGGUCAGCCUGUGGGUGGACUUAGAUUUGAUAAUCCUCGAGGUCAGCCUGUAGGUGGACUUAGAUUUGAGGGGGGUCAUGGUCCAUCAGGGGCUGCGAUUAGGUUUGAUGGACCUCAUGGUCAGCCAGGAGGUGGAAUCAGAUUUGAGGGCCCUUUGCUACAGCAAGGGGUUGGAAUGAGGUUUGAGGGCCCCCAUGGUCAGUCAGUAGCUGGUCUGAGAUUUGAGGGACAACAUAAUCAACUUGGUGGGAACCUUAGGUUUGAGGGUCCACAUGGUCAACCAGCAGUUGGUAUCAGGUUUGAAGGCCCUUUAGUUCAACAAGGAGGUGGAAUGAGGUUUGAGGGUCCUUCUGUACCAGGAGGUGGCCUGAGAAUUGAAGGGCCUCUGGGUCAAGGUGGUCCAAGAUUUGAAGGUUGUCAUGCUUUAAGGUUUGAUGGGCAGCCAGGUCAGCCGUCACUCUUGCCAAGAUUUGAUGGAUUACAUGGUCAGCCAGGUCCUAGAUUUGAAAGGACUCCUGGUCAGCCAGGCCCUCAGAGGUUUGAUGGACCACCUGGACAGCAGGUUCAACCCAGAUUUGAUGGUGUACCUCAAAGAUUUGAUGGUCCACAACAUCAGCAAGCAUCACGGUUUGAUAUUCCUCUUGGUCUUCAAGGCACAAGAUUUGACAAUCAUCCUUCACAAAGGCUUGAAUCAGUAUCUUUCAAUCAGACUGGUCCAUAUAAUGAUCCACCUGGCAAUGCUUUUAAUGCCCCAUCCCAAGGACUACAGUUCCAAAGACAUGAACAAAUAUUUGAUUCACCUCAAGGACCAAAUUUUAAUGGACCACAUGGCCCUGGAAACCAGAGUUUCUCUAAUCCACUUAACAGAGCUUCUGGACACUAUUUUGAUGAAAAAAAUCUUCAGAGUUCUCAAUUUGGAAACUUUGGCAAUAUACCUGCUCCAAUGACAGUAGGAAAUAUUCAGGCAUCUCAACAGGUUCUGAGUGGUGUUGCUCAGCCAGUAGCUUUUGGUCAAGGACAACAGUUUUUACCAGUUCAUCCACAAAAUCCUGGAUUUGUUCAGAAUCCUUCAGGAGCCCUCCCUAAGGCAUAUCCUGAUAAUCAUCUCAGUCAGGUGGAUGUAAAUGAAUUGUUUUCAAAAUUGCUAAAAACAGGAAUUCUCAAAUUGUCCCAAACUGAUUCAGCUACAACACAAGUAAGUGAAGUAGCUGCUCAGCCUCCCCCUGAAGAGGAGGAAGAUCAAAAUGAAGAUCAAGAUGUUCCAGAUCUUACUAAUUUUACAGUUGAAGAGUUGAAACAACGUUAUGACAGUGUUAUAAAUCGACUGUACACUGGUAUUCAGUGUUACUCUUGUGGAAUGAGGUUUACAACAUCACAGACAGAUGUUUAUGCGGAUCAUUUGGACUGGCAUUAUCGGCAAAAUAGAACUGAAAAGGAUGUUAGCAGAAAAGUCACUCAUAGACGUUGGUACUACAGUUUAACAGACUGGAUAGAAUUUGAGGAGAUAGCUGAUCUGGAAGAACGGGCAAAGAGCCAGUUUUUUGAAAAGGUGCAUGAAGAAGUUGUGCUCAAAACUCAAGAGGCUGCUAAAGAAAAAGAGUUCCAAAGUGUACCUGCUGGACCAGCUGGAGCAGUUGAGAGUUGUGAAAUCUGUCAAGAACAAUUUGAACAAUACUGGGAUGAAGAAGAGGAGGAAUGGCAUUUGAAAAAUGCUAUUAGAGUAGAUGGAAAGAUUUAUCAUCCAUCAUGUUAUGAAGAUUAUCAAAAUACAUCUUCAUUUGAUUGUACACCAUCUCCCAGCAAGACACCAGUUGAAAACCCCUUGAAUAUUAUGUUGAACAUUGUCAAAAACGAAUUGCAGGAACCCUGUGAAAGUCCCAAAGUUAAGGAAGAACGAAUUGAUACACCACCAGCUUGUACAGAGGAAAGCGUAGCAACACCCUCUGAAAUUAAAACAGAAAAUGACACAGUCGAGUCAGUUUAAAUAAAAUGAGAAAGGUAUGUUUUUCUUUUUUAAAAAAGCUGCUGUUGGAUCUAGAAGGUGAAUUUUUUUAUGUAUAUAUAGACAUAUCUAUAUAAAUUGUCUGGCUGAGGCAGGGCCUUCAGCUAUCAUUUGGUUAAUAAAUACAUUUUAGUAUUUGCAUUUCCUACUGCCUGCAGAGUUUCAGGUGCUUGUUGUGUGAAAGUUCUGUAGAUGUGUGCAAAUUUAACAAAAUGAAAUUGUAUGUGUAAAAAUGUACGAUUUUUCACUGUGCAACUGUAAAUUAUAAAUAAAAAAUAUUUUUGCUAUUCAUGGAGUGUAAUAUUUAUGCACACCAUCAAAUAGUUUCUGUACUUUUUAUUGGGUAAAAAUGGAAUUGAACAGCAACCUCAACAUAAGAUUUUUUUUCUAGUAGCCUCCCACUGAUUAAGGAAACAAAGUUUGAAGUUUCAUCCUUUAAAAGGGGGUUCUGAGAGAGCACCGUAGGGCUUUUCGCAAAUAGAAAAGCCAGAUUUUGAAAAAAUUUUAAAGACAAAAUAGGAAAUAUUUGCAGAUAUAUAUAUCUAUAUAGAUAUAGAUAUAUAUAUAUAUGCGCAUAUAUAUAUACACACACACACACAUCUCCAGGUAUAGAGAACCAUCCAGAUGUUCAUUUUUGAAAAUAUCUAAUGAAGCAAGUUUUAUUCUUGAACUUGGACACUGAUGCCAUCAAACAAUUAACAAAUAUAUUUAAGUACUAAAGGUGAUUUUUUUUUAAAGACUUUUUCAAAUUGUCAAAUGAUUUAAUGCAGAUGAACAUAUUUCUAUUUUAAGUAACGGGAAUCUGUAAGAAUGUUUGCUUGAGAUAUGGUUAACUUUUUUCUUUUGUUGGUUUUGACUUAGAUGGACACCAUGAGAUGUUAAUAUUCAUACAUGUAAUAAAUAGAAUGAUGAAGAAA